CUACUGGCCUUUUUGUAAGUUAUCUUUUACAUGCAUUUUUAUAAUCAUAGAUAUCGAAUCUACCAGUUCAGUCAACAAAGGCAUUGAUCUAUCUUGUACCAUUCUUUUGCUUAUAUAUAUGAUCACUUCCAACCCCUCAAUUUGUAAGUAAUUCCAUUUUGACAAUCCAAAUUCCACCACCUUUAGGAUGGAUCUCACUUCUAGUGUAGGAAAUAAACUUGUUCCAGGAGAUGAAUUGAGCUAUGACAGAGCCAAGGAAGUGAAGGAGUUUGAUGAAACAAAAGCUGGAGUUAAAGGACUAGUGGACUCUGGAGUGACCAAGGUCCCAAGGUUCCUCAUCCAUCCACCAGAGAGCCUUCCAAAUCCAAUGCUAUCUCCAGCCACUACCCUCUUCCACGUUCCAGAGAUAGAUCUCCAAGGCUUUGAACAAAGUUGCCAGAGGAUGGAGAUCGUUGAUCAAAUACGUAAAGCAUCAGAAACAUGGGGCUUCUUUCAAAUGAUUAAUCAUGGAGUUCCAGUUAGUGCUAUGGACAAAAUGUUUGAAUCAGUUCAACAAUUCCAUGAGCAACCAAAGGAAGAGAAGAUAAAGUGGUACUCACGUGAUCUCAAGCAACCAGUUAAGUACUACAGCAAUAUGGAUCUCCUAGUGUCCAAAGCAGCAAGUUGGAAGGAUUCAAUUUCAUUUGAUUUCAAAUAUGGUCCCCUAAACCUUGAAGCACUUCCCCUAGCAUUCAGGGAGUCUGUAAGCGAAUAUUGGAAACACAUGAUUGAACUAACCAAGGCACUAAAAGAAUUACUAUCAGAAGCUUUGGGGCUUAGCACUGACUACCUAGCAAACAUAGAAUGCAUGAAAUCUGCAUUGUUUGUGUGCCACUAUUAUCCGGCUUGUCCUGAAUCAGACUUGACCCUUGGCACCAAAAAGCAUUCAGAUCCAUCCUCUAUAACUAUACUCUUGCAAGACAAUAUUGGUGGCCUGCAGGUUCUCCAUCAAGAUCAUUGGGUUGACGUUCCUCCAGUGCACAGAGCAUUAGUAGUCAACAUUGGUGACCUUCUGCAGGCAAAUCAUCGAUUCACAACAAAAAUGCAAAGAUGCAUUUAUGUUCAGGCAACUAAUGCUGCAAUACACCCACUUAAUGAGGAGAAAGCUGUACAAGCUGCUGCAGAUCUUCUUGGGGAACUCUUUAUCUUCACGGUUGCUGGAGCUGCUGUUAUUUUUGAGGUGCAAAGAAGUUCCAGAUCAGAAGCAAGAAAGGAGGAACUGCACAAGCAGGAAUUACAGCUAAUCACAAACGACAAGUUCAGAAGUGUGGAGCAUAGGGUACUGGCUGGACGUAUUGGGCCCAGAAUUUCAGCUGCAUGCUUUCUCCAUCCAAGUCCUGGACGAAAACUUGGGCCAAUAAAGGAGUUUCUAUCUGACAGCAACCCACCCAUCUACAGGGAAACUCAUAUUAGUGAAUACAAUGCUCACUAUACAUCAAAGGGAGGAAACUCAGCCCUUUCUCAUUUUAAGCUUUUACAAACUAUGCUAGCAAUUAAUAGAAUUGAAGUUCAAGGCAUUGCAAAUUUUAAUUCCUAAGUUGUUGAAUUCUCUAUAGCAAUUUGUAUUGACGUUAAUAAACUUUUGCUAUUACUUUCAA